GUGUUUUCUGUUUCAGGCUGAACAGCUGUGAUCUCUUAGAUAAACACUGUGAAGUGCUGUCUUCAGCUCUAAGAUCAAACUCUUCCCCCCUGAGAGAGCUGGACCUGAGUGAUAAUAACCUGAAGGAUUCAGGAGUGAUGAUGCUCUCUGCUGCACUGGGGGAUUUACACUGUAAACUGGAGAUAUUGAGGGUGGGCUGGUGUGAACUCACAGAGAAAUGCUGUGAGGCACUGGCUUCAGCUCUCAGAUCAAACUCCUCACCCCUGAGAGAGCUGGACCUGAGUGACAAUGACCUGCAGGACUCAGGAGUGAAGCUGCUUUCUGCUGGACUGGGGGACUUACACUGUAAACUGGAGAUACUAAGACUGUCAGGCUGUAGAGUCACAGAAGAAGGCUGUUCUUCCCUGGCUUCAGCUCUGAGGUCAAACCCCUCACACCUGAGAGAGCUGGACCUGAGCUACAAUCACCCAGGAGACUCAGGAGUGAAGCUGCUCUCUGCUGUACUGGAGGAUCCCAGCUGUAAACUGGAGAAGCUGAAUGUGGAUCACGGUGGAGAGUGCAGGACCAGACCAGGCUUACAGAAAUACUCCUGCCAGCUGACGCUGGACCCCAACACAGCAAACAGAGAAGUGUCUCUGUCAGGGGGGGACAGGAAGGUGACAUGGGGGGCAAAGCAGCCAUAUCCUGAUCAUCCAGAGAGAUUUGACAGCUGGAGCCAAGUUCUGUGCAGAGAGAGUCUGACUGGUCGCUGUUACUGGGAGGCUGAGUGGGAUGGAUAUGGAGUCUGGAUAGGAGUGACUUAUAAAGGGAUCAGGAGGGAAGGAGGGAGUGAUGACUGUUGGCUUGGAUUCAAUGACAAGUCAUGGGGUCUGAGCUGUAAUACUGACAGUUACUCUGUCCUGCACAAUAAUAAACAGACUCUCAUACCCAUACCGCCCUCAGGCCCCCGCAGAGUAGGAGUGUAUCUGGACUGGGGGGCUGGUGCUCUGUCCUUCUACAGAGUCUCCUCUGAUGGACUGACCCUCCUGUACAGAUUCACCUCCUCAUUCACUGAACCCCUCAAUCCAGGGUUUGGGGUUUAUCCAAACUCCUCUGUGUCGCUGUGCAUGCUGGGAUAGCUCACUGUGUGCUGGAGGAAUCAUUUUUACCGUAUCAGAGUCUCACAUGUCGCUGCUUCUCCGUGGCAAAAAGGUAAAAUCUCUGCUUUAUAACCAGUAUAACCCUUUUUACUCUGUCUGAAGUGUGACGUAUGUUAAUAAUUGGGUUCUGUAAGCUGAACAAACAUACAAAAUGACUGUUUUUCUCUGACUUAUGUUCUAUGUUGUCUGUAAAUGCACCAAAACUGCCUAAACAAAUUCAUAGUACAUGCAGGUGUACCAAUGGAGUGAAUUCUGAUUCUGAAUAAAAUAAA